AUGGACAAGAUUCGUGAGAAACUCGCUGCUCUCCGCACCGAGGCCGAUGCCGCGGUAGUUCGCGCCGAGGAGGCCGAGGCGAAGAACAAGAAGUACGAGCAGCUGCUGCUCGAGAAGGACCAGGAGAUUACGUCGCUCACCCACAAGGUCUCCGUGCUUGAGACCGACCUUGAGAAGGCCGAGACGAGCCUUGCCGACCUCAAGGGCGCCUCCGUCGAGGGCGAAUCUUCAAAGGCGACGAGUGAGAACCUGCAGCGCAAGGUGCAACUUCUUGAGGAGGAGCUCGAUGCGGCGGAGAAGAACGUGAAGGACACGGUCGAGAAGUUGCGCCAGGUUGAUGUCAAGGCGGAGCACUUCGAGCGCCAGGUACAACGUGUCGAACAGGAGCGUGACCAAUGGGAGCGCAAGUACGAGGAGGCACAGGAGAAGUACCGCGCAUCCAAGGCCGAGCUCGACGAGCUCGUCUCCAACAUGGAGGGUCUCUGA